AGCAAAAUGGCUGGAAGGCUUCCCUGCACAUUGUCUCUCUCUUGCUCACUCCUGAAAAUCUGCCCAACCACCAGAUCUCGAACUUCUCUACUUCGAGCUGCAGAUUUCCAGCUUCAACGCUUCCCCGAAUUUGUACUCCUUUCUCAGCAUAGUUGCUUCAGCGCUCUUUGAGGGAUUUGGUUGAAGUAGGUCUAAUGGCGAAGCCAAGGCCAUUUUCUUCCAAUGAAGAGUCAACUCCCACGUCGGUGAAAUCUAAGGACUUGGACAAUUUAUCGAGAUGGUCUGAGUACCUUAACCUUGAAGAACCUUUUUCUUCACAAUCCACAAGCUGGAAGCAUACUGGCUCUGAAGCACAGCCAAAUUUCGGAAUUUCUCAGAAAUCACUUCAAAUGGAGUCGGUUGUCCAACUUUCCAAAGUUGCAGAGGGUUUAUCGUGCAAGAUUUAUAGGUUAAACCAAAUACUGGACAAACCUGAUCUGGCAUCGCACACAUUUUCAGAAACCUUCUGGACAGCUGGUGUUUUUCCCAACCUACCUCGAAUCUGCGUACUUUUGUCAAAAAAAUUUCCAGAGCAUCCUAACAAAUUGCAGCUGGAUCGUGUUGAUAAAAUUGGCCUGGAUCAUUUGAAUGACAACGCAGAAGUGUACAUUCAGAAUCUGGAACCAUGGAUUACGCUUCUACUUGACUUGAUGGCAUUUCGGGAGCAAGCUUUGCGUCUUAUUCUCAAUUUAAGCAGCACAGUGAUUACAUUGCUACCCCAUCAGAAUUCUCUGAUCUUACAUGCUUUUAUGGAUCUGUUUUGUUCCUUUGUUCGUGUGAAUCUAUUUUCUGACAAGAUACCAAGAAAAAUGAUUCUUCAAGUUUAUGAUCUCCUGUAUACCAUAACCAGGGGCGGACGUGACUGUGAGUUCUACCAUCGAUUGGUCCAGUUUGUUGAUUCAUAUGACCACCCACUAAAAGGGUUGCAAGAGGACCUUAAUUUUGUUAGCCCUCGUAUUGGAGAAGUGCUUGAAGCAGUUGGUCCAAUUAUUUUUCUUUCUACUGAUACUAAAAAGUUGCGGAAUGAAGGAUUUUUAAGUCCAUUUCAUCCUCGUUAUCCUGAUAUACUUACAAAUUCUGCUCAUCCUAUGAGAGCCCAGGAUCUAGCUAAUGUUACAGCCUAUCGUGAAUGGGUUCUGUUGGGUUAUCUUGUUUGUCCUGAUGAGCUACUUCGGGUUACAAGUAUUGAUAUUUCUAUGGUUGUGUUGAAAGAAAAUUUAAUUAUCACAUUAUUUAGAGACGAGUAUGUUCUACUGCAUGAGGACUACCUGCUUUAUGUUCUGCCAAAGGUCCUUGAGUCUAAAAAAAUGGCCAAAUAUGGGCGUGCCAAACAAAAAGAAGCAGAUCUGGAAUAUAAUGUUGCAAAACAAGUUGAAAAAAUGUUAAGUGAGGUGCAUGAGCAAGCUAUUAUAUCCUGUGAUGGCAUCCAUCGUGAAAGGAGAAUACUACUUAAGCAAGAGAUUGGAAGAAUGGUUCUAUUUUUUGCUGAUCAACCCAGCUUACUUGCCCCAAAUAUUCAGAUGGUAUUCUCUUCACUAGCAUUAGCUCAGUGUGAGAUAACUUGGUUUUUUCAACAUGUUGGGGUUGCAUCGUCAAAGUCUAAAGUUUCUCGAGUGCCUAUUGACAUUGAUGCAGGAGAUCCAACUGUCGGAUUUUUGUUGGAUGGAAUGGACAAACUCUGCUCUUUAGUUCGCAAAUAUAUGGCAGCAAUAAAGGGUUAUGCACUAUCGUAUCUAUCAUCAUCUGCUGGAAGAAUUCGAUUUUUGCUCGGUACUCCUGGGAUGGUUGCCCUGGACCUUGAUUCAACUCUGAAGGGUCUAUUUCAGCAAAUUGUUCAUUGUCUUGAGAACAUACCAAAGAUACAAGGAGAAAACAUCUCUGUUGUUACAUGCGAUCUCUCUGAAUUGCGUCAGUACUGGUUAUCAAUCUUAAUGAUUGUUACAUCCUCACGUUCUUCAAUAAACAUAAGACACUUGGAAAAGGCGACUGUCUCUACUGGAAAGGAGGGGUUGCUAUCAGAAGGGAAUGCUGCCUACAACUGGUCCAGAUGUGUGGACGAGCUCAUGUGUCAGCUAUCAAAACAUGGAAGCCUAAAAAAUUUAUAUUUCUAUCACCAUCACCUAACUGCAGUUUUCAGGAACACCAUGUUCGGGCCUGAAGGGCGGCCGCAUCACUGCUGUGCAUGGCUUGGUAUAGCCAGCAGUUUUCCUGAAUGUGCUUCUGCACUUAUUGCAGAGGAGCCGAGCAAAAUAGGUAGAGAUGCUAUUUUGUAUGUGGAGUCACUGAUUGAAUCGAUUAUGGGUGGAUUGGAAGGUCUAAUAAAUAUACUCGACUCAGAAGGUGGAUUUGGAGCUUUAGAAAUACAGCUUAUUCCAGAGCAAGCAGCUCUUCGAAUGAAUUCAAUCAAAAUCUCCAGCAAUUCUGCCAAAUCACCAAGGGGUUUUCAUGGUUUUUCAAUACCAGGGCGCGAAAGCUAUCCCGAAAGCAGUAAUGCAGUCAAAAUGCUGGAAGCUGCCAUGCAAAGGCUAACAAGUUUAUGUUCUGUUCUAAAUGACAUGGAGCCUAUAUGUGUUCUAAACCAUGUCUUCGUACUCCGUGAGUACAUGAGGGAUUGCAUCCUGGGUAACUUUAGAAGAAGGCUACUUACAGUUAUGAGAACUGAUAGCGGCCUACAACAGCCAUCCAUUACAGAAUCCCUUCUUCUCAGACACAUUAGUAUCAUCCAUUUAGCCGAGCAGCACAUCAGCAUGGAUCUCACUGAAGGAGUUCGCGAAGUUCUAUUAACAGAAACCUUUACCGGGCCAAUUUCCAACCUCCACAAUUUCAAAAAACCUUCUGAUUUACAAAGUGGAUCUGCCGUAGAAAUAAUCUCCAACUGGUACAUGGAUAAUAUUGUAAAGGAUUUGAAUGGUGCUGCUGUUACAUUUGUACCCACCCACAACUGCUUCAAGAGCUCAAAACCUGUAGGUGGAUAUUUUGCUGACUCGUACACGGACGCGAAGGAACUGAAAUCACUGAUUCGCAUAUUUGGUGGUUACGGAUUUGACAGAUUCGACACGAUGAUAAAAGAACACAUUGGCGCAUUGUUGAAUUGUAUUGACACUGCUCUUCGUGCAAACCGGGAAGCUCUCGAAACCAUAGCUGGGAGUUUAAGUUCGAGCGAUAGAAUUGAAAGAGACACAAAUUUGAGGCAAAUCUUGGAUAUCGAAACACUAAUUGGUUUUUGUGUUCAAGCCGGGCAUGCAUUAGUUUUUCGAAGAAUUCUUGUAGAGGCAGUAGGAGAAGUUCUUGAGGAGAAAGCCCCUCUUGUUUUUUCUUUGUUAAGUGGGAUAUCGAAGCAUUUACCCGAUCAAAUACCCGAGAAAAGCGAAAUUUGCAGGUUGAGGAAGAUUUCUCAGGGUAUUGGUGGUGUGGUUGGGCAUGAAAUGGAGUGGAUACAUUCAGUUAUGGACCAAAAUGGUGCUGCGUAUGAUAGUUCUUGGAGUUACCUUCCAUAUCUCUGUGCCGCAUUCAUGGUGUCAACCUUAUGGAAUACUACUAGUUUUGAUGUCAACACUGGAGGUUUCAAUAACAACAUGCAUUGUUUGGCAAUGUGCAUCAAUGCUAUUAUAGGCGGCAGUGAAUUUAUUAGGUUGGAGAGGGCAGAGCGCCAAAGGCUGUCUCUUUCUAACGGCCAUGCUUCUAAAAUGGUAGAACCUGAAAUACUCAGUCGUCCCUCUGUAGAAGCACGCAUAAAAUCAUCGAUGCAAAUCUUCGUUAAAUGUUCUGCAACAAUUAUCCUUGAUUCAUGGAGUGAGACAAACAGGUCACAACUAGUGCCAAAGCUGAUAUUUUUAGACCAGCUGUGCACUCUCUCUCCUUAUCUUCCCAGAAGCACACUUGAGCUUCAUCUUCCAUAUGCCAUUCUCCGUUCACUAUACUCUCAGCACUAUGGAACCUCCCAACCCGCACCAACAGUGGAAAUGCCAAUCCAAUCACCAAGGCAUUCUCCCCUCAUCUCUCUCACCCAUUUAUCACCUUCAGUUCACCAAACUCGCAGUGAUUCGACCCCGAAUCGUACUGCUUAUGAACCGAGCUACUUCGCUUCGUCAACACAGAGGCAGGAGGAGGUGAUCGAUAACAAGCAACGGAACACGAGGCGAUCAGGACCAUUGGAAUACACUUCGAGCCGGAAGGUGAAGUUUGUCGAGGGCUCGAGCUCUUCAGGUCAGGGACCGAGCCCCCUUCCUAGAUUUGCUGUUUCUAGAUCUGGUCCUUUAUUGUAUAAGUAGAAGUUCUGGGAUGUAUAGUUAAGUAGUGCUAUAAAUUAUAGAAGCAAUUUGUGCUAUAAUAAUAUUUGAAGUAGUUUUCCACCAUGUCGUAAAGGUGGUAUAUAUGUAAACUUUAUUUUUGUUAUAGCUGUCAUGGAAAUUUUCUGGCUUUAUUAUUUGGCCUUAUAACUCAUA